AUGGUUUCUCCUGACUUUAUCUUGGUAACUAGGGAGGCCACUUGGAUUGACUUGAUCCGGAGGCACAACAAACUUCUCAUAUCGUUAGAACAAAAGGUAGUUUUGCAAACCGGAACAUGGUGCCCACAAAAGUCUAUUACCCUCCGACACAAAGUGGGAGAUGGGGGAGCUGGCUCCCUGGAUGUUUGUGUUUCAAAAAAUGUCUUCCAGGAAGUCCCAGGUCCAGGAGAAAACAUUUCUGAAUUGGGACACUGGCAAGAGGCUUAUUUAGCCAUUAUGAAGAUUUCAACACAUUUGAAAAGGACAGAACUAAGUUUUGAAAGAAAAAGGGAGCUGUCUUUUCCCUUAGUUUCAACAUGA